AAUAUGCCUGAAAAUGUAAACAACAAAUGCGAACAAAAUCAAUAUGAAAGUUAGUAUGAGAGGGGAUCCCGUCAUGUUUUUUAAGUUAAUAAUUAGGUUUGUAAUUGUCCUAACGAUUCUUCGCCUCAAAUACAUUACAGUUGUGUGCUGCGAACAAAAAUAAUUAUACAGCUCCGAUUUACGCGACGUAGAACGGACCACAACGUUUUGGAAACCCAUUUGCCAUGGGUCCGGAAAAGUAUAAUCGGUCCCGUUCUGGAUCUCGUAGUCGGAACCGAAACAGGUCCAAAAUAAGUAGAUCACGAUCACCCGAAGAGAAAAGAGGCCGGAGUCGGUCCGUGAAUCGGAACCAAAAUCCCCGGAGAAUUGCGCGUUCUGAGAGCGGAAGCUCGGACAGCAGUGGUGGAUCUCCGGGGCGACAAUGGCCCCCUAGCAGAGGCCAUCCCGGGUCGAGAAGCGACUCAGACAGCGACAAGAGACGUAAACUGAAGGGCAAAUCAAAAGACCGAUCCAGCUCUGACUCAGAUGAUCCAAAGGAGAGGAAGGAAAGAGACAAAAAGAAAGGCAGAAGAGAAGACAAAGGAGAGAAGAGGAGGGGCUGGAGCCAGUCCCAGUCUGAUUUAGGGUCCAGUGCAGACUGGAAGAGAGUGAGGGAUGGGGGGAACAUUGACCGGGAGAGGAGAUGGCGGAGGAGUGCAGACAGAGGGAGCAGAAGCCCUAGCAGAGAGGGGGAACAACAGAUCAGGGAGAGGACUAGGGACAGGGAGAGGAUGAAAAGCCGAGAGAGGGACCCAAGCCGAGGUGAGGAGAGUAGUCGAGACAGAGAGAGAAGCAGCCGGAGGAGUGAAAACCGCGGGAGGAGAGAGGGAAGCAGAGAUAGGGACAAAGAUAGGAAAAGACGUCGCUCUGGCUCCUCUGACUCGUCUAAGAGCUCUGGGUCAGAGGGCCGGGCCCGUGGAGGCAGCCCAGGGUCUGGAGAGGCCAGGCCCUCGGUCCGAGAUGAGAAGAAGAACCAGAGAGAGAUGCUGAAGGCCCUGGAGACCCCAGAGGAGAAGAGGGCCAGACGACUGGCCAAGAAGGAGGCCAAGGAGAGGAAGAAGAGGGAGAAGAUGGGCUGGAGUGAGGAGUACAUGGGCUAUACCAAUGCAGACAACCCCUUUGGAGACAACAACCUGCUGGGCACCUUCAAAUGGCAGAAGGCUCUAGACAGGAAGGGCAUUGGCCAUCUGGGUGAGAAGGACCUGAAAGACAGAAACAAACGCAUCCAGGAGGAGAAUCGUAGAGAACUGCAGAAGGUGAAGCAGCUGCGACUGGAGAGGGAGAGAGAGAAGGCCAUGAGAGAGACGGAGCUAGAAAUGCUGCAGAGAGAGAAGGAGGCAGAGCAUUUCAAAACCUGGGCAGAGCAAGAGGAUAACUUCCACCUGCACCAGGCCAAGCUACGGUCUAAGAUCCGUAUCCGUGACGGCCGUGCUAAGCCCAUAGACCUGUUGGCUAAGUACAUCAGUGCUGAGGAUGAUGACCUGGCUGUGGAGAUGCAUGAACCUUACACCUUCCUCAAUGGACUCACCGUCACUGACAUGGACGACCUGCUCGAAGACAUCAAGGUGUACAUGGAGCUGGAGCAGGGCAAGAAUGUGGACUACUGGAGGGACAUGACCACCAUCACAGAGGACGAGAUCAGCAAGCUCCGGAAACUGGAGGCAUCUGGAAAAGGCCCAGGUGACCGUCGUGAUGGCAUUAACACUUCAGUGAGCACCGAUGUUCAGAUAGUGUUUAAGGGAAAGACGUACAGCCAGCUCCAGGCGCUGAACCUCAACAUGGAGACUAAGAUCCGAGCUGGAGGAUCCAACCUGGAUAUAGGCUACUGGGAGAGCCUGAUGCAGCAAGUCAGGGUCUUCAUGGGCCGAGCACGGUUGAGAGAGAGGCACCAGGAUGUGUUGCGUCAGAAGCUGUUCAAGCUGAAACAGGAGCAGGGAGUGGAGAGUGAGCCUCUCUUCCCCAUUAUCAAAGAGGAGCCUGAGGACGAGGAUGUGACUGAGAAAGAAAACCCUCCCUCAAAGGAGCCUGGCGCCGCCUCUUCCUCCCCUUCCGCCAAUCAGAAGAGAGCUACAGAGAAGGAUGACCAAGUGGCAGGCCCAUCCACAGAGAGAGACGGGGAAAAGGAGGGAGAAGAGGGAGAGGAGAAGGGUGAGGUGGUAGAGGCCGUUCUGACCGAGGAGGAUUUGAUCCAGCAGAGCCAGGCAGAGUAUGACUCUGGCCGCUACAGUCCCACCCUGCUGCUGCCCUCAGAGCUACCUCUGGACACACACACCAUCACACCUGAUGAAGACACACACAAACUACACCUCUCACGCAGACAGCUCGCCGUCACAGGUGAUGCCAAUGAGAAUGCGGAGGAUGAGUUUGUGCGUCGCGCCAAACAGGGCAUGGGCGGGGACGAGGCUCAGUUUAGCGUGGAGCUUCCCCUAACGGGCAAGAUGUACCUGUGGGCCGACAAAUACCGUCCCCGGAAACCACGCUUCUUCAACAGGGUCCACACAGGCUUUGAAUGGAACAAAUAUAACCAGACGCAUUACGACUUCGACAACCCUCCGCCUAAGAUCGUCCAGGGCUACAAGUUCAACAUCUUCUACCCGGACCUGAUCAACAAACGUUCCACGCCGCAGUACUUCCUAGAACCCAGUCCUGAGAACAAGGACUUCGGGGUUCUGCGGUUCCACGCGGGCCCGCCGUACGAGGACAUUGCCUUUAAGAUCGUGAACCGCGAGUGGGAGUACUCUCACCGUCAUGGGUUCCGCUGUCAGUUCGCCAACGGGAUUUUCCAGCUGUGGUUCCACUUCAAGAGGUACCGCUACAGGAGAUAGAACCGGCUAACUGACCAACACCAACCCAGACUGGGAACCUCAGACUGCCAGGUUUUAACUAUAGAUAUGGAAUGUUAAUGUACUUUGUAUCUGUUGUCUUAGUGGUAACCUUUCUCUUUGUUAUCACUAUGGCAGCCCAGACCAUUCCGUUGUCACAAAGAAUGGUUUCCAUUUCUGUUUGAUCAGCUACUGCUUUUCAAUGUACAGUUGAAGUCGGAAGUUUACAUACACCUUAGCCAAAUACAUUUAAACUCAGUUUUUCACAAUUCCUGACAUUUAAUCAUCCUCGUAAAAAU